AUGGCUGAAGAUGAGAGUCUCCAGCGAGAGACGUUGCUCAAGCGCAGACGAAGUGGUGCAAGCCCUGAGAAGAAGUUGCCUCAGACAGUUCAGGUGCUCAUUGAAGAGGAGGAGCCAGAGGAGCCAGAGGAGCCACAGCCAUCGUUCGGCCACGAUGGCUACGAUGGCUACGAGCUGCGGCUGGAGAAGCUGCAGAGCUUGGGUUCUUCUCGGGCCAUCCUUUCGGUUGAUUUCGCCUUGGUGACUCUGGAGCAGAAGGAGGUGCCAACUUGGAAAUUGGUCACAGCCGGUCAAGAUGGAUGCGUAAAGAUCUGGGCUUUGCCAUUGCCAAGCCCUUCACAAAGUGAUACCGUCAGCCCCAGAUGGCUAUGCACGGUGAAGCACGAGGCGGCUGUGAAUUGUGCCCGGUGGGCUCCAGAUGGCCGGAUGAUUGCGUCCUGCGAUGCUGAGGCGGCGCUGCUGGUAUGGGCACCGGGUGUGGGCAACCUGCAUUUGUUGCAGGACCUCAAGGCUCCAGAGCCAUGGCACCGGCAUUGCUUGCUGCGGGGGCAUCAGGGCGAAGUGUGUGAUGUGUCCUGGCACCCCAAGCUUCAUCCGGAUUUCACCUUAGCCUCCUGCUCGCACGAUGGAAGUGUACGACUCUGGAGUGUGCCUCGUGUGGAGCUCACAGCUAUCCUGCGCCCUGAAAGCUCUGAAAGUGGUUACAUCAAAGGCGUUGCCUUUGAUCCGCUGGGCCAGUUUCUCGCUUGUAUGAGUGACGGGAAGCAGCUAGCAGCCAUGCUCUACCAAAGCCCCGAGGAGAACGACCGAGGUCGAGCCGGAGGAGCCGGAGGCGCCAGCGGAUGGGAAGAGGUGCCCAUCAACCAGGCGCCAUGGGCGAAGCCCGGGCAGAUGAGUGCCGUGAACUUUCGACGCCCUUGUUGGGAUCCCUUAGGGGAGUCAGUCGUGUUUCCCUUCGGUGAGCACAAGAAGAGCCCCUUGAGCACAUGCCGAUUCUAUUCGGUGCUCUUCACAGCGCCGUGGAAGACUCCCAAGCUCUACCGUGGUCACAAAAAGCAUGUGGCAGUCGUGCGCUUUUGUCCCAUAGUCUUUGCCAAAGUUGCCAAAGGCGCAGAGGAGCUGGCAGUGGUUUUGGCCCUCGGCUGUAUGGAUGGCAUGCUCUCCCUGUGGCUCUCAAGUCAUCCAGUUCCAAUCUUGAUUCUGAAGGACCUCGUUGAUGAAAACUGCUUUAUCACCGACAUCGCAUGGACUGCAGAUGCAUCAGCCUUAGUCUAUUCUUCAAGUGGAGGAGUGGGAUCUAUCUCCAUCUCUUGGAAGCGAAUCCUGCCCGGAUUCACUCCAUGGACGUUGGAUGAAGUUCUUCGGUGGCGAUCACAAAGACAUUUGCACAUCACACAACCUUCCUGGGAUUUGCCCACCACUCACAGCCUAAAGGUUCCAGCUGAGCUAGGACGUCUUUCGGCUCAGAGUCCAAACUCGAGAUACUUUGUUGAAGAUCCUGAGCUUCGACGCUCCCUGGAAGGCCUGGAGUGGUCCUCGAAGGAAGGGCAACUGGGACAGCUUGGACACGGUGGUAUACGGCCAUCUGUAAACAAGGUCCUGGAUGUCAACAGCUGCUGUGAACGGCAGAAGCUCUUGAAAUCGUGGCAUUCAAGAACGAUGCCCAAGACGUGUUCUCCUUCGCCACCAACAUUCGCAUGGUCAAUCGAGGACGACAACAUGCCUGCAGACGGUGUCGAUCGCCGCAUCUUGAGAAUUGAGCCCACCUCGGGUUCGUGCAGAGUCUCUUCCAAGUCGGAGGGCGGGCUGUGGCAAAUCUCGGUGGAGCGGGUGGUCCUGGCAAAGCUCCAAGGACCCUCGGUGGUGCUCGUGGUCGAAAGUGCCGUCCAGAGCACAAGGUGGCAACUGCUCAUCUUGGCAUCCCAGUCCGGGCGGCUCCGUUCACCGCCCCUGGUGCUGAAAGCCUGUCCAGGGAAGUUGCAAUUGGCCAAGAAUGGCAGCCUCUUGCUGCUACUUGAUAUAUUUGGCCUGACGAUGUGGCAGUUGCCAGAGCUGCCUGGUGCUCCAAGCUUGUUGCUGCGCACCUGCCCCGUGCCCAACGGCUACCACGACUUGGCCAACAUGGGAGUGCUUUCCACCAGUGGUCGGCAAUUGCCCUACGUGCGGCGAAGAGGAAAGGGCCACGUCCUGCUCUUUCACCACGGCACGAAGUCCUGGCUCACCGUGAAUUGGAAGCUUUUGCAGAAGGUCAUGAGCCUCCAGCAUCGCGAGGAUGCCUUCUGCACCUGGCCUGACGCGUCAAAGCGGAGAGGUCUCCCAAGUACUCCCCAAAAGGGAGGACCUUUCGGGCACUUGGCGCUUAAGGCGGUUUCUUCUUACGCAGUUCGGCAAGUGUUGCCAUGGUCGCCCGGCCUUCUGGACUUGUUGUUGGAGCUUGGACUUUUCGCAGUUGAGGAAGACCUGCCUGGUCUACUCUCCGAGCUCCAAGCUGCCCUUGCAAAGGUCUUGGAUGACGCCGCUGCAGAUUCGCUGCCACCGGAGACCAAGGAGGUCACGCUUGCAAGAAGCCCCUCAGCGAGCCUGGUGAUGGCACUGAAAGACACACCCGUGGCUGAGCUGCGAAGCACUGCAUCCCAGCUUCAGAUGCUGCUUUCCAAUUUGCGGGCGGCGGAGGCGACCGAGCAGAGCAGCAAAACAGUUCAGAGUAUUCAAAGCAUGCGCAAGGAGAUGCAGGAGUCCAUGGCCAAGAAGCAACAGCUACAGAGUCUACGACGGAAAGCUUUGAUCAUGACAUGCACAGUCACCAGUGGCUAA